AUGAGUUAUAUACAAGCUUUGAACAAUAGUAGCCCAAAUAGCCAAUUUUGUGUUGUCACCGAUGAGAAGACAAAGCCACCUACAUUCCAACGAUUGUUUGUGUGUUUUGAAGGUGUUAAGGAAGGUUGGAUUAAUGGAUGUAAGAGGGUUUUGUGCAUUGAUGGAUGUUUCAUCAAAACAUUCUUGGGUGGGAUGUUGCUUAGUGCAGUUGGAAGGGAUUCGAACGAGCAAAUGUAUCCAUUAGUAUGUGCUGUGGUUGAAGGUGAAAAUAAUGAUUCAUGGCAGUGGUUCCUUGCUGAGCUUAAAAAAUGUGUUCCACAUGCGAAUGGCACGGGAUGGACUAUCAUUUCAGAUGAACAUCCGAUUAUCUUAAGGGUUGUAAAGCUUGAACUACCAAAUGCCGAACAUAGGCAUUGUGCGAGGCAUAUAUACACCAAUUGGAACAAGUCUUUCAAGGGUGAAGAAAUGAAGUUAUUAUUUUGGAGGUGUGCAAAAGCUUACAAUGAAGCUGAUUUUUGCGAGGCAAUUAGUGAUAUGGAAAAGGUAAACCCUCUUGCUGUCGAGGCGUUUAAGCUUGCAAAUCCGCACCUGUUCUGUCGAGCUUAUGUGAAGGUGGAUUCCAGGUGUGAUGUGAUUUUGAGUAACAUGGCAGAAAUGUUCAAUAAUUAUAUCAUGCACGCAAGAUCAAAACACUUGAUCGACAUGCUUGAUGACAUUAGGACUAUGUUAAUGAAGAGACUAGCUACGAAGAAGGAACAAUGUGCAACUAAAUGGAGUGGAGUUUUAUGUCCAAAAAUACAAGCUUUAUUAGACAAAGAGAAAGAAGAAGCUUCAAAUUGUACUGUACUGCCAUCAACACCUGCUGUUUUCCAAAUUGCUCAUCACAUUGAUGUUUUGCAAGUAGACAUCGAAAAAAGGUCGUGCACUUGUAGAAAAUGGGAUCUAAAAGGGAUACCUUGUUGCCAUGGUGUUGCUGCCAUAUGUUACUUGAAUAGAGAUGUGGAGUCCUAUGUGGAUGAAUCUUACACAAAAGCUGCAUACAUAAGGGCUUACGGAGGAAGCAUAGCUCCUUGUGUAGGGGAGCGUUAUUGGCCCAAAGUUAAUGCGCCUAUUGAUCCACCUCUAAUAAAAAUUGGUCCUGGAAGACCAAGAAAGAGUAGAAUAAAAAGUCCUUAUGAAGACCCAAAGAAACCAGGGAAGCUCAGUAGACAUGGCAUGCAAAUGAGCUGCGGCAUUUGUAAAUCCACUACGCACAACAAACGAAAGUGCCCUGAAAAAGGAAAAUCCGUUGAAAAUGAAGAACCAACAUUGAAAAGAAGUAGAGGAAGACCAAGACAUGAAGCAAAUCCUACAACACCACAGUCACAACCAUCGCGCCCAUCCCAUCAUGAUUUAUCUGCAAAUCCAGGUGCAAUAGGAAGAGGUGGUAGAAGGAUUCAAACAGGUCAAGGAAGUAGAGGUGGUUCUGUGACUGGUAGUCGUAGUAAAGGAAGUACACAUGGUUUUGUUACUACCAUCGAAACAUGUGUAUUUUUGGACAAAUUUAGUAUGUAA